ACUCACCGCCGUCGCAGCAAAUAUUCCAAUCCGACGGCGGCGUGCUCUUAAAUCCCGUGAAGGGCUUCGCCGCGCAGACAAAAAUCCCCCAAAUCCCCUCGAGAGCCCUGCAAUUUUUAGCCUCCCGAGCCCUGCGAUUGGAGCCGGCGGUGGCGGCGCCAGCGGCCGCGGUCGGAUCGUCGCAUGGCGGAGAUUCGCAAGUACGCCAUGUCCAACCAGCCCCCAGAUAUUCCUCAGAUACUACUGGAAGCUCAGAAUAGGUGGUUGCGGCCCACCGAAAUCUGCCAAAUAUUGUCAAACUACAAGAAGUUUUCCAUUGCGCCUGAGCCGCCGAACAGACCUCAAAGUGGUUCCCUGUUUCUGUUUGAUCGGAAAAUAUUGAGAUACUUCAGGAAGGAUGGACACAACUGGAGAAAGAAAAAGGAUGGAAAGACAGUUAAAGAAGCUCAUGAGAAGCUUAAAGUUGGCAGUGUUGAUGUACUUCAUUGCUAUUAUGCCCAUGGCGAGGAGAAUGAGAACUUCCAAAGACGAACAUAUUGGCUGCUUGAAGAGAGUUUCAUGAAUAUUGUUCUUGUUCACUACCUUGAAAUCAAGGGUGUCAAACAAAGUUUCAAUCGUGCUAAAGAAGCUGAAGAGAAUGCAGGAUUAUCUCAUGCUGAUAGUCCUGCAUGUUCAAACUCUUUCGCUAGUCAGAGCCAGGUAGCCUCCCAAUCUAUGGAUGCUGAAAGCCCAAUUAGUGGACAGAUUUCGGAAUAUGAAGAUGCUGAAACAGAUAAUUCUCGAGCAAGCUCCAGAUACCACCCUUUCACUGAGAUGCAGCAGCCUGUGGAUGGUAUCAUGAUGGGUAACUUAUUUGGUGCUUCAGCUCCAAGUGUUUCUGUAAAUAAUCUAGCUGCAGGUUAUCUUGGUGAAAUGCAACCUACGGGAGCUAACUUAACCAAUCAUUUUUCCACUCGCAAUGACGUAGCUAGUGUGUUCAAUGAAACUGGCUCUGAGUUAGGAGGUGGUCCCAAAGCUUCAAUUGAUUCAGUGCUGUUGGGUGAACCAUUUCAAGAAUAUCCAGGCGGCUUCAUGGAUUCGACACUCUAUUCUUCUGUUGCAACGUUGGGUAAUAGUCUGGAUGAUGGUUUGCAGACAUUUAUGUCUGAGGCGCUCUACACCAACAAUCUCACACAAAAGGAGGUUGAUGCACUUAGUGCAGCAGGCAUAACAUCCUCAAAGGCAGAGAAUGAUGGUUAUACAGAUCAAAGUGUCAGGUAUCCACUUUUAAAGCAGUCAUCAUCAGAUCUCUUUAAGAUGGAGCCAGAUGGUUUGAAGAAAUUUGACAGCUUUUCAAGGUGGAUGAACAAUGAGCUUCCAGAGGUUGCUGAUUUGGAUAUCAAGUCCAGUUCUGAUGCUUUCUGGAGUACUACUGAAACCGUGAAUGUUGCUGAUGGAUCUAGUAUACCUAUUAAUGAGCAGUUGGAUGCAUUUGUAGUCAGCCCCUCACUUUCUGAAGAGCAGCUUUUCAGUAUUAUUGAUGUGUCUCCAAGCUGGGCAUACAAUGGCAAAAAAACCAAGGUCUUAAUUACUGGUACAUUUUUGGCAAAAAAAGAAGAUGUGGAAAAUCGCAGGUGGUCUUGUAUGUUUGGAGAUGCUGAAGUCUCUGCUGAAGUUUUAGUGGAUGGCUCCUUGCGUUGCUAUACACCAGUACAUCGUUCUGGACGAGUUCCAUUUUAUGUGACAUGUUCAAAUAGAGUAGCUUGUAGUGAAGUGCGAGAAUUUGAGUUCCGCGAUUCUGAGACACAUUAUAUGGAUACUUCAGAUCAGCAUACUACUGGCAUAAAUGAAAUGCAUUUACAUAUCCGCCUUGAUAAGUUACUUUCCUUGGAACAAGAAGACUAUGAAAUGUAUGUCUUGAGUAAUGGAAAUAAGUCUGAGUUGAUCGACACUAUCAAUUCAUUGAUGCUUGACGAUAAUUUGUCUAAUCUGGCAUUGCCAUUUGAUGAGAAGGAAUUGUCCACUGUACGGGAUCAGAAUCUUGAGAAACAGGUGAAAGAAAAGCUGUAUUAUUGGCUCAUCCAUAAGAUACAUGAUGAUGGAAAAGGUCCAAAUGUCCUAGGCAAGGAAGGACAAGGUGCCAUUCAUUUAGUAGCUGCACUUGGCUAUGAUUGGGCUAUCAAACCAAUAGUUGCUGCAGGAGUAAAUAUAAACUUCAGGGAUAUUCGUGGAUGGACUGCACUUCACUGGGCUGCAUCUUGUGGAAGGGAGCGGACAGUAGGUGCCCUAAUAGCAAACGGAGCUGCAUCAGGUCCUUUAACAGAUCCAACACAGCAGUAUCCAUCUGGAAGAACUCCUGCUGAUCUAGCAUCAGAAAAUGGUCACAAAGGCAUUGCUGGUUUUCUUGCAGAGUCUGCUUUGACAAGUCACCUCUCAGCUCUUACACUAAAGGAGUCACAGGGUGGCAAUGUGGAAGAAAUAUGUGGAGUAACAGCACCAGCAGCUGAAGAUUUUGCAGAACCAAGUUCUUCUCAGCUUGCUUGUGUUAAUUCUCAGGAAGAGUCCUUAAAAGAUUCACUUGGUGCAGUUCGUAAAUCAACUCAAGCCGCAGCCAGAAUAUUUCAAGCUUUUAGGGUGGAAUCAUUCCACAGAAAGAAGGUUAUCGAAUAUGGAGAUGAUGAUUGUGGACUGUCUGAUGAACGCACACUUUCACUUAUUUCCCUAAGAAAUCCGAAACCUGGACAUGGUGAUUUGCAUUCUGCUGCUGUUCGUAUCCAAAACAAGUUUAGAGGAUGGAAAGGAAGAAAAGAGUUUAUGAUUAUCCGGCAGAAAAUUGUGAAGAUACAGGCCCAUGUACGUGGACAUCAGGUAAGGAAAAACUAUCGGAAGGUAGUCUGGUCUGUUGGCAUUGUGGAGAAAGUCAUACUGAGGUGGAGGAGAAAGAGAAGGGGUCUUCGAGGUUUCCAACCCGAGAAACAACUUGAAGGUCCAUCAUGGCAGAUCCAACCUGCAAAGGCUGAGGCUGAGGAUGAAUAUGAUUUCUUGAAGGAUGGCAGGAAACAGGCUGAAGGCAGGUUGCAAAGAGCACUGGCUCGUGUGCAUUCAAUGAAUCAGUAUCCUGAAGCAAGAGACCAGUACCGCAGGCUGCAAGCCUGUGUUAACAGCCUACAAGAGUCCCAGGCGAUGCAGGACAGGAUGCUGGCUGAUUCAGCUGGCACCGAUGGGGGUGAUUUCAUGGCUGAAUUGGAGGAGCUAUGCCGGGAUGAUGGCGAUGCCCCAAUGUCGACUAUUUCGUGACAUGGAGCUUACUAGAUCAGUUAGGCAGUAACCUGUUCUUUACCAGACUAGAUGUAAAUUCUUGUUACUAAAUCGUCUCUACUCACCGUUGAACACCAUAUGAUAAUGAUAUAGCUAAUACAUGGACUUUUAUAGUUCGAUUUACCAGCUUGUUGCUC